AUGAGAGCAGCUGCUCCGGCGCCGCUGGGGGCGCCGGUGCUCCCCCGAGCUCUGCUCCUCCUCCUCCUCUUGGCGGGGACUAUAAACUGCUGUCUCCAGAGCCCGGCCGCCAACGCACAGACUCUCCCCCUGGAGGAAGGUGAGUUAUACCGACGACCACCGUCCUCCUCUGCUCUGCUCCUCAUCACAGGAUCGCCAGGAGCUGCUCUCUCUUUCUCUGCCCCUCUUCUUAACUUCGUUCGACUUCUCAAGUCUGUGUGGCGACCAUUACUCAGUUUUUUCGGUUUCAAAUGGGGAAAAUAUUUCCUCUCUCGGCCCUCAUCGAGCAAGAAAAUUCCCUCGGCAAUCAGAACGCCUGGGCCAUUGAUUUCCGAACGUAUUCAGAUACAGAACCGUCUUUAACCUCGAUUGCAUAAUAAGAUUUUAUCUGAAACAAUGCUGAAAUAAGAAAUUUACUUAUUCAUUAUAUGUAAUUCCUUUUUAUUUCGAUUCCUAACAACCACCGGGGGGCACCGCGCGGGAACGUUCAGUCGAAGCGCUCAAGCAAAUCGCUUCAAAGCUGAAGAUUCCGGCGACGCUGUGGAAUUUCGACGUAAAUCCUUGCACUGAAUGGAUUAAGGAAGACAGGGACCCCUACGCCCACAACGUCACCUGCCAGGAAUUCAGCACGAUCACCACGAACGCGACCACGAACAAGAUCACGAACACCACCGCCUGGCAUGUCGUCAGCAUGUAUGCCCCUGACGCUGUCCCCUCCUUGGUGGUAAUCCCCUUCUCUGGUUUCGUCGGUAGCUGAUUCCUUUCAAUAUGGACGAAAUGGUGUUCAGCGAUAUCAAGGCGGCUAAUCUGACCGGAGUGCUGCCGGAGGAGUUCGGCAAGCUCAGUUACCUAUCCUCUUUGUACGUUCCCCGACCAAAAUUCGUGUUUCUCGAUUCUUUCUUAUGAAUAUUCCGGAACUGAACAUCUCCGCGCAAUUUUCGUAUCCUCUGAAUCGGCGGAACUGAGCAGUGACGUCUCUCGGAACUACAUCAACGGCUCCAUACCAGCCGCUAACUGGACUUCCCUUCCUCUGAAAACCAUGUAAACCACGACCAUUCCGCUCCUUACAUCCCCGUCAACGCAAAGUCGUUAUCUCUAUUUUGUGGUCUAGGUGGUAAUGGAUCUGACCAGGGGCUUUGUUGUAUACUAUUGUAGAAACGUUCUGGCGAACCGCAUAUCGGGUGCGAUUCCUGAGGAGAUCGGCAGCAUUGGAACACUUGAAAUACUGUAAUGACGUUAUAUCCUGUUCGUAGCAACCAUUUUAUGCACCGUAGUAGUUGGUGAUUGACAUUUUUUAUUCCUAUUGAAUCCUUUACCUGAAGUUUCUUGGAGAGCAACAUGAUGCAAGGGCCUCUUCCUCGUAGCCUCGGAAAAUUGACCAACUUGAAAAGACUGUAAGCCUCUAGUCUAUGGUCUAUUCUUCUCCUGUGGUUGAAUCUUCGUUUUCAUCUGAAUCAAAAAGAGAACAGAAGAAACUGCAGGCACAAUGAUCGUAACUUAAGAGACUAGCUAAAUAAAAUAAGUGACAACGCAUCACGUCAUUUCAGCCUUCUUUCCUGCAACAACUUCUCGGGUGAGCUUCCAGAAACACUGAGUAACCUGAAGAACUUGACAGACGUGUACGGUUCCUGCUCUUAUAUUUGUUGGACUCUUUCAUGAGAUUAAAAGGAUCCUCUUCUUAUUAAUAAUCGGUGCCGGACGAUGUUUUUCAGUAGGCUGGAUGGGACCGAGAUAUCUGGGAGGAUACCGAGCUUCAUAGGGAACUGGACGAAUCUACGAAGACUGUUAGCUCUGCUGCCUUUAUUUAUCUUUUCCCAGCGCGGUUUAUCAUUUGAAGAGGAUGUCUUUACUACAUGGCAUUCUCAUGGGCUAUAAUGUGUUUUCUAAUGUCGCAGUGACAUCCAAGGAACAUUCAUGGAGGGUCCCUUUCCACCCGAGUUCUCAUUAUUGCUGAGCUUAACGCAGUUGUACGCGUGGCUUUACUCUUUUUCCGUACUCAGGGCAGUUGUCUGGGUUAAUGCUCUGUACUGACAAUGGCUAUGUUGGCUUUCCUUCUGUAGGAGAGUCUCUGACCUGAAAAAUGUGGGCGGUAGCUUCCCUCCCCUUGAGAAUCUGCUAGGUUUAAAAGAUUUGUAAGACUUCGAGUGACAUUUAUCCACACGCAUGAAUAUAUUUUUUGGUGGUAUGUUGACGGGCUUUUCUGUGUGAACACUGCUAGGGUUCUCCGAAAUUGCUCGAUAUCUGGCAGCAUCCCGGACUACAUUGGCAGAUUUACUAAACUGCGAACCCUGUACAGCGCCUUGAACCCAAAUAUUUGCAUGAUUUGUUGGUCCAGUGAUAAUCAUGCUCGCAUUUGAAAAAAAUUGAGAUAUUUUAGGUUAAACAUCAGUUUCUAAGAUGCCUUCAACAAGUCGAGAGAUUCUGCAUCUGUGCAUCAUUUUCGAACAUCCGCAUCUGAUAGGCACGUUUAAGUGAAGGUUCUGCAGGGUCUAGGGGCGCUGCCCCUGAUACCCGUGGAUUACUGCCUAUGUUGUAAUUUUUUCUUUUUAACGCUAUCCACGAGCUUACAUUAGAGAAUAAACUUAUUUUUCUUGUCUGUUUAUUUCCCAAAGUAAGUUUUGGCAUUGAGCUUGGUUCAGAUAUUUGAUUCAGGUACCCUUGUCUGAUGAUAGUAUGUGCAUGGUCAUUGAUGUUGCCUGUGGUCUGUCCUUCAAAUAAUAUUUGUAGUCCUUCAUACCAUAGUUGCUAAUUUCUCCUCUUCACCACAGAUAAGUUCAGACAAACUGUAAUUGAGAACUCUAAACAAUCAUAUACUAGAAAAGAUCUCGGAGGCGCUAAUUAUCAGAUAUAUAAAAUAAUUCAGAUCAGCACUACGCUCUGGGGGUGCAACUUACCUUAAUAAAUGAGAACGUGGUCGUUACAUAUGCAGUGGUGUUAAUCUUAGGGAGUAUUCCAUGGUAUGUAUCCUGCAAACAACUCUUAAAAGGUUGGGACUUUUUAGUAACCUUAAUAUUGGAACCCAUUCUCAGAAAAUGAAUGAUUUUUUAUUAAAAAUCCCUGUACUCUCUUAGACGUCAGACUAGGAAAACUGUUGAUUUCAUGUUUACUGCACACUUAUUCCUGCAUCAAUGAUUUUCAUGCUGCCAUUUUUGACAUUUGUCUGAUAAACAUCUGCUGCAGAGAUUUGAGCUUCAACAAUUUGACGGGCGAAAUACCAGAAAACUUUAUGAACCUCAGACGCUUAACAACUAUGUAAGUGACUGCGGGUUCUAUGUACUCGAUGAUUCGUCAUAAUGGGUGAAAUACGAGAAAACUUUGUGCAUCUCGGAUCCUAAAAACUAAGUGAUUGUGGGUUUUAUUUACUCGGUGCUUCAACCUAAUAGGCCAACAGGAAAGUCAGAAGAGUUAUACCUUUCGCUCUUUAAGAAAUAUCGGUGAUAGUUUACUGUGUUCCACAUUUGGUGUUGAUUAUGCAUGUCAGGUACCUUACAAGCAACAAACUUACUGGAUCAAUACCUUACUGGAUUAAGAGAACCAGACAGAAUAUGUACGUUUGUCUUCCUGGAAGUUAUUUUGCAUUUUAUGUCCUGUUAACUUUUUGGUAGCAUAUGAAUCAUCAUCAUGAUAGAGCGUUUAAAAUUUCAGGGAUAUUUCUUACAAUACAUUCACCGAUCUUUCAUCUGCACCAGCUAACUGUGAGCAAGAAUCACGGUAAGCAUGCUUUUUGUCUGUCAGACCUAUUGAAUUGAAUUCUUGUUUCUGGAACUAAAAAGGUUUGCCUAAAUUGCAGGAACUAUGUUGCCAGCUUUUCAUCGACAACAAGUGACUCGUAGGUUUCUAACAUUGUUGAAGCGUAUAUUCUUGGUAGAUCAAGUAUCUAAAUCAUUCACUCGUUCCGUUUGACCUUUGUAGGAUAGCGUCAUGUUUAAGAAAGGACCUUCCCUGUGAUGGCAUGGCUAAAAGUGGGUGUAAAAUAUCCUUCCUGGGGGGCAGCAUUUGUACCCUUUCAAUUUGAUUUUUGCUUUUGCGGCUUUGGAAGGAAACAUCCUUAUGAUAAGAAAUUUUGAUUUUUCAAAAUGACGCCCUCUUGAUUAAUUUUAUUUUUUUUCUGCAGACUAUAACCUUUUCAUAAAUUGUGGAGGUGAAAGGGUGGUUGUUGAUGGCAAUGAAUAUGAACCUGACCCUUCAUUGGAAGGCACAUCCAAAUAUUAUCUUUCUCGCAGUGGAAAGUGGGCUCUUAGCAGCACAGGAAACUUUAUUGGGGGAAGCAGGGCACCAUUUGUAGCAGAAAAUACGUCAACAUUGACAAUGCCUAAUGCAGAGUUAUACACGUCUGCUCGUUUGAAUCCUCUCUCUCUCAAAUACUAUGGUCUAUGCUUGCAGCCAGGAAAUUAUACAGUCAAACUGCACUUUGCUGAAAUAGUUUUCACUUCUGGCCCGACAUUUGGCAAUCUUGGAAGGCGUGUGUUUGAUGUAUCAAUUCAGGUCAUUUGGAUUCUUUGGACUUACAAUCUUGUUGACAUAUAUAGCGUAGUAUUGAUAUUUUCUUACAGACCUUCGUGAUUCUCUUUCGAUCACUUCCAGAUAAUAAUUCCUGAUUAUUUUAUCUCAUAAUAUCAUUCUCUUUGGUGAUUUGGUGCCAUAUGUGCUGAUUCUUAUCCAAGCCUCACUCACCCGUGGUUGUCACUGAAGACCCUCUUCGUAGCUUGCAUACAUGAUAUCAUUUUCUGUAAACGAGAAAUCAUUUUUCUGUCACUUUUAAAAUGUGCUUAUUGAUAUUCAGUUGUUCCAUUAUUUAUUUUCAUGGGUGUUUUUUUGUGAGUACUUGUGCAUCAUAGUAUAGUUUUCGUUCCCUAUUACUAGUUGUAAAUUAGGCCGAGUUUGUAGUCUUUUUGUUUGUAUGUUUUUAACCAAGUCUUAUGUUGAUCUAACUGAUAAAACUCUCCACUUUGAAACAGGGGAAAAAGGUGUUAAGAAACUUUAACAUCGUAGAUGCAGCCAAUGGGACUGGUAAAGAAGUUAUCAGGAAUUUUACUGCCCUUGUAGAGGGUGGGACUUUGGAGAUCCAUUUCGUGUGGUCUGGCAAAGGGACGAAUUCCAUUCCAUAUAGAAGUGUCUACGGCCCUCUUAUUUCAGCAAUUGCAGUAACGCCAAGUGUGUACGAGGAGGUAUUUUAUGCUCUCCCGUUAUUAUCUGAUUGGCUGAUUUUAAUUGUUUUUUUAUUGUAGACUUCACACCGCGUAUUUUCGAGGACAAUACUGCUGGCCCUUUUAG